CGGAGACCCGGAGCCGCCGAGGAACCUGGCUGGAGAGAAGCCGAGAGCAAGCACCCAGGGGCCGCUAGUCUCAACGCUCUAUAAAGUAUGAAGAGAGCCCCUCUAUAGUGAAGGAAACAUGGCAGACAAGAGGAAGCUACAAGGUGAGAUUGAUCGGUGCUUGAAAAAGGUGUCGGAAGGAGUGGAGCAGUUUGAAGACAUCUGGCAGAAGCUCCACAAUGCAGCUAAUGCCAACCAGAAGGAGAAAUAUGAAGCCGAUCUGAAAAAGGAGAUUAAAAAACUCCAGAGAUUGAGGGACCAGAUCAAGACGUGGGUUGCGUCCAAUGAGAUUAAGGACAAAAGGCAGCUAAUAGAAAACCGGAAACUCAUUGAGACGCAAAUGGAGCGGUUAAUAGUGGAGCGCGAGACCAAGACGAAAGCCUACUCCAAGGAGGGGCUGGGCCUGGCACAGAAAGUGGACCCAGCCCAGAAGGAGAAGGAAGAAGUCGGGCAGUGGCUGACGAAUACCAUAGACACCUUGAACAUGCAGGUGGAUCAGUUUGAGAGUGAAGUGGAGUCCCUCUCAGUCCAGACGCGCAAGAAGAAAGGAGACAAGGAUAAGCAAGACCGGAUCGAGGGCUUGAAGCGACACAUCGAGAAGCAUCGGUACCACAUCCGGAUGCUGGAGACCAUCCUGCGUAUGCUGGACAAUGACUCCAUCAUGGUGGACUCCAUCCGCAAGAUCAAGGACGACGUUGAGUACUAUGUGGAUUCCUCGCAGGACCCCGAUUUCGAAGAGAACGAGUUCCUCUAUGAUGACCUCGACUUAGAAGACAUUCCACAGGCCCUGGUAGCCACUUCCCCGCCCAGCCACAGCCACAUGGAGGACGAAAUGUUCAACCAAUCCAGCAGCACGCCCACGUCCACCACGUCAAGCUCCCCGAUCCCCCCCAGUCCUGCAAACUGCACAACGGAAAACUCUGAAGAUGACAAGAAACGAGGACGGUCAACGGACAGUGAAGUGAGUCAAUCGCCAGCAAAGAACGGUUCAAAGAGCCUCCACAACAACCACCAUCAGCCGCCGCCCGCCAUCCCCCCCAGCUACCCGAUGGGCGGCAGCUCCAGCACUUCGUCCUCGUUGGGGAACGGGCCCGGCUCCAACAGCAACGGGACUGUGGCUGGCAGUGGGAAUGCGAGCGGCAAAGCUAACCCGCCGGCGGGGCACGCGCCCACCACCCCAACUCCGUACGCCCAGGCCGUGGCACCCCCACCCACCAGCACCAAUGCCUCUCAGCCCAGGCCCCCCAGCACCCAGCAGAAUGCCAGCAAACAGAACGGGGCAACCAGUUACAGCUCUGUGGUAGCUGACAGCAACUCAGACUCGACAUUAAGCAGCGGCAGCCAAUCCUUGCCUAACCAGACAGCGUCGCACAACCCGCCCAGCGCUUCCACGAAAGAGCCGAGUGCAGCUCCCCAGCCGCCCAGUGGUGGCAACAGCACUGGAUCCAGCCUCCUGGUGCCUCUCACCGCCAACCCACCUGCCUCGCCCACCCCCAGCUUCUCCGACAGCAAGCCUGCCCAGACACUGCUCAACGGGCCACCCCAGUUCAGCUCCACGCCUGAGAUCAAGGCACCCGAGCCUCUAAGUACGCUGAAGUCGAUGGCUGAGAGGGCGGCAAUUGGCUCCAGCAUAGAGGACCCGGUGCCGUCUCUUCAUCUCGCCGAAAGGGCUGACAUCUUAAUUACUAGCGCGACCUCCCAGCCGGCCUCCAACCAGCCCCCCAUCCAGCUAUCUGAGGUGAACAUCCCCCUUUCGCUCGGGGUGUGCCCCCUGGGGCCCGUGCCUCUCACCAAGGAGCAGCUGUACCAACAGGUCAUGGAGGAGGCGGCCUGGCACCACAUGCCUCACCCCUCUGAUUCAGAAAGGAUCAGGCAAUACCUGCCUCGGAACCCCUGCCCAACCCCUCCAUACCACCACCAGAUGCCUCCCCCACACUCCGACACGGUGGAGUUCUACCAGCGCCUCUCCACAGAGACCCUUUUCUUCAUCUUCUAUUAUCUGGAGGGUACAAAGGCACAAUAUCUGGCAGCGAAGGCACUGAAGAAGCAGUCGUGGCGCUUCCACACCAAGUACAUGAUGUGGUUCCAGCGACACGAAGAACCCAAGACCAUCACUGACGAAUUCGAGCAGGGCACUUACAUCUACUUUGACUAUGAGAAAUGGGGCCAGCGCAAAAAGGAGGGUUUCACCUUUGAAUACCGCUACCUGGAAGACCGGGACCUGCAGUGAUGCCCUGGGGCCAGCAGGGGGUGCCAAGCCUUCCUUCCUGAAAUAACUGCAGUGCGCAAGGAGCAGCGGCCAAGGGAGAGACCAACCAGUCCCUUCAUCUCACCCCACUUCCCCCCACCCCCAUCCCAGAUCACAACCUGGGGGGGCAUGGGGGGGGUGAGCCGCACGUUUAAAAAAAAUGCAUGCAAGUUUUAAAGUGACCGCGGGACGGAGGAGGGGCAGUGGCGGCGGCAGGAUUCGCUCCUGCCUUUCCCUUAUCCUCUUCAGCCUAUAAUGCAUUCGAAGAGGUCAGAAAAGGGGGGGGAGUUGCCCUGCGUGCACCAGCUUUGGGGGCGAGAGAAUGGAGAUUAAAAAACAUAAUUCCCCCCAAUCUCCAAUAUUUUUUUCCUGGGGUGCAUGUCCCAAAUUAGAUCAUUUGUGCCCCUCUCCAUUGUAGCAAAUAUGGAAUAUGCCCCCCCCCCACAUCUCUGUGCCAAUUUGACCCCAUAUGUACGUGAUAUGGAGGGUGCAGGGCCCCAGGAGGGUCAUUUAAAGUUGGGAGUGUUGGGAGCCACGGAGGAAAGCUCCCUUCCAGCCGUGCCAACUUGUCACUGCUGAAAAUUGGAAAAGAGGUAAAGGAUAAAAACAGCACUCGACAUCAGGUGCUCUUGAGGACUGGCACCUUCUGUGAACAACUUUGCCUCCUUGAGUGGUGAUGGGGGAAGGCUGGGGGCUGCACUGUCCCUCUGCCCUCAUCCUGCCUUGGCUUGGAAGAACUCCGUAUAUUUCCGGGUUUGAGGAAUCCUCUAAAUUCAUUUCCCUUACUGCCGCUCUGUCUUAAGGGAGUCCCCCAGUGCUGCUUGUCUCCUCCCCCAAGUUUUCCCAAUUUCAUUACGCCGCCCCCCCCUUAAAUUUGGUAUCCGAGCUCAUAAUGUCACCCACUACUCCUCCCAAAGACACACCCUCCCUCCUUGAUUACUUGCAAUGUAUUCCUGAUUGGAGGGGGAAAGAUUUGUUUGGGGGGGGGGAGAAGGGAAGGAAGAGCAGGGGGAGGGGGAAGACAGCUGUUUCACUCCCAUCUCUCAUCCACCCCCCCCUGAACUGGAGCACCCCGCCCAUGCCGCUGUUUAAGAUAU